AUGGCGGACCAAGCGCACAUGGAUCUCACGUCUCAGGACGAAGGCGAAAUCAUCGGCUACGCAGAUCCUUGGAUCGCAUCGCCUGGCCAGAGGGUCUCAGUCAAAGUCUCCAGUACCGUGCCGAGAUUCACGUGGUCCCUCGCAAGAGUGAUUCAGGGUUUCGAGCAUCCUAAGGCUCCAGACGUCAAGUAUGAGACGGUGAUCAGCCCGCCUCCUGAUUCUGCAGCCAUCUCAGGGUCUUACAAGAAAGCCGUCUGCGGAUCUUUCGCUGUGGUCAGAUCUUGGGAACGAUACUUGCGUAAGCAUAUCAUCGGUCUGCGCCUCAGCUGCUACGUUCAGCCAUGGUUACCGGAAGCGAGUCACCAACAAGUAUUGAUAUCGACCCUGGAUGUUGAAAAUUCUUCGGGUGUUGCCAUCUACCUCAGCGCCUCUGGUACUAUCGGCUUCUAUGUCGGAACUGGAACCUCGGUCGAGCAAGGUGACACCGAAAUCCGCUUGAGACGCUGGAAAUGGGCUGAGCUUCAUGUUUCUGUCUUGAGUGACAACUUAAGUAUUGAUGUUACGCAUUUGGAAAGACUUACGGAGACGGCCCCUGGUCCCUCUCACUACUCUUACAGGAUGAGUUCGCCCGUCCAACUCGACGGGAGAAAGCCUUUGACGAUGGCUGCCGGCUUCUUCUUCGACGCGAAAACAUCGGCAACCCUUGCGACCAACAUGUUCAACGGUCGCCUAGACUCUCCGAGAAUAGAUACUACCCGCGAUGGACUUGCAUACAAGACUUGGGCUAAGUUCGACUUUGCCUUGGACAUGUCUAGCGACCGGAUCGUAGACACUUCAGGCAAUGCAAAUCACGGUGAUUUGGUCAAUUCCCCUACGAGAGCCGUCAAGGGUUACAGCUGGGACGGCUCGGAGCCAGACUGGACCAAAGCUCGAUACGGCUACGGCGCGAUCCACUUCCACGACGACGAUCUCGACGACGCCGGAUGGGAAACCGACUUCAGCUUCGAAGUUCCCAGGGACGCAGUUUCGGGAGCAUAUGCAGUGGUCGUGCAGUCAAUCGACCAUUCUGAGCAGAUAUCAGACCACAUCAUAUUUUUUGUCCGUCCUGCAGCACUCGACGUCCCCACGGACAGUUCUGGCCCAAAAGCAGCAAUCGUGCUGUCCACGUUCACGUACCUUGCCUACGCAAAUGAGCGCAUGUACGACCAGAACCGAGCAUCUCGUAUCAGUAUUGCUGGUGGGAUACAGGCUGAGAAGGACCCCUUAUGGCGCCACAUGGUCCGGCGUCCAGAUUUAGGUUGCUCCGUCUAUGACGACCACAACGAUGGAUCUGGCUGCGUGUUCAGCACUGCGAAGCGACCCAUCCUCAAUAUCCGUCCCCGUUACGUCAACUGGGCAUUCAAUCGGCCCCGUGAGUUUAGUGCCGACCAGCUGAUGAUCGGCUUCUUGGAAGAGAAGCUUGGCCGCGGUGGAUAUGACGUCCUCACGGAUCAUGACCUCCACACGUACGGUGUGAAAGCUCUCGAGAGGUACAGGGUCGUGGUGACGGGGUCUCACCCUGAGUAUCCGACUCUGGAGGUCAUCAACGCCUACGCUGCGUUUGCAAGGAACGGCGGGCAUCUCAUGUACCUUGGUGGAAAUGGAUUUUACUGGUGUUCGGUGGUGGACUCUCAUCGGCCACACCGCCUCGAGGUUCGCAAAGGAGACCAGGGAUGCCGCUCUACCGAGCUGCCCGCCGGCGAACGAGUCCACUCGUUGAACGGAGCCCAGGGCGGACUGUGGAGGAGUAGGGGUCGGACGCCGCAGUCUUUGUUUGGAAUAGGUAGUUGCGCCUGCGGUAUUGGGCCCGGUGUACCUUAUCGAUUCGUGGAUCAUAUCACGAGCUCUUCCAGCUCGGCUUGGACGUGGCUUCUUGAUGGCUUGAGACCGGAGACCGGGGAAGAACGCGGAAACUCCGUUGACGGCUUCCUCAUUGGAACCGAGGGCUUCGGCGGCGGAGCAUCAGGAGACGAGAUUGACAGGAUGGAUCUUCGCCUAGGGACACCAGUCAACACGGUCCUCUUAGCAACAAGUACUGGGCACGACGACUCCUUUGGUGUCUUCAACGAGGAGGUCAUGUUUCCGAUGGUCGACACGGUUGGCACGACGUGCGACAAGGUGCGCAGCGACAUGGUUGUGUAUGAGACCUGCGGUGGCGGCAGCGUCUUCAGCGUCGGAAGCAUCAACUGGUAUUGUUCCCUGGGCUGGGAUAAGUAUGAGAAUAAUGUGGCGAGGAUUACGUGGAAUGUUCUCAAGGAGUUUAUUCGCAGAGGAGAUGAGAGGUCUACUUCGUAA